UUCCUCACUACUCCUCGUACAGGAAAAUGGAAAUAGAAAGCCAUCUUGCGUGCGCUCCCUACACAAAACGAGUGGUCCAACGAAAAAAAGAAUCUUGGUAUCACGCAGAACAUCAACCACGACAUAGGUCCGACUAGGCCCUUCAUCUAAUUGCAUCAUGUCUUCAACUUCUGGGAACCAGUGCUCGAACAAAGCCUCCGCAUCUUCUGGUUCUCCGCCCGCAUCGUCGUUAUGACACUCGUAGCAUUCGAAGCGACCAACCCGCCGGUACACUUGGGGAUGCGACUUGGAUUCCUUGAGUACGAGCCCGAGAAUCGAAGAUCGAUACGUCAUACAGACAAGCACACACACAAGCUUCUCGCCUGAAUCCAUGGCAUCCGCGCCACGAGGAGGAACAACAUCAGGCCGAAACUCAACGCUAACACCGUUGCGCACGAGCGAGUACUCGGUGUUGGAGUCCGCGCGGAAGUUGACUUCGGUGGCCAUGCUCGCUGUCAGUCGGAGCUGUUCCCCAUUGAGUGGCGACCAGACAGGACUUUGCGGUUUCGCAGAGAAUGUCGCGCUACAUGCAAGAUCCAUGGCAGAUGCAUUGUCAAACAGUAUAGAUGAAUCUUCGACGGAAGCCCAAGACCAACUAGGAACGUUGCGGCCGGGUAUGUUCUUAGGUCUGCGACACUGCGUGCUAUUGUUUGGGUACCAGAGAAGUCCGAGGGUGCUGCAGGUCCAUUGUCCAGCUAUGUAGCCAGAGUCAAGCGUUCGGGAUAUUGUUUUCGCAACAGGUGCAAUCGCUAACAAUCGGUCGGAAUCAUAGGUGACACGCUUGUUUGUGUACUCGGAAACGAUGUAUCCCCAGGUUUGGAGAGCUUCUUCGCGCUGCUCAGACGUGAUUUGCCGACCGCCAUCUGUGAUCGAUGCCUCUGCUAGGGCAGAUGUGACACCAUCCAUUUGGUCAUCUUUGUGAUCUGUAGAGUUUGCCGGAGUUUUGGUUUCGUCUACGAUUUUUGCCAACACCUGCUUGAUAGGGUCGGUGGCUCUGGAAUCAUAGGUCAGAUUGUCGAUCCUUUUGCAUUCGCACUGGUAGCCCUCUCUACACUCCAGAAUCAUUUCACUUUUGGCAAAAUGUAGCACCCGUGGCGAUAAGAGCCGUUCGGCAUAUGUCCAUGCCCGAUUAAGAAGGGGCGUAUUCGCGCUGGUUACCUUGGACAUGCUGAGUGGAAAAUCCCACUCGAUGAUCUGCGUGCACGGGUCGAAUGGUGUUUUGAAGCUAUAGUGUGAUGGCUGUUCGCGAACAUAUACCUUGGAGGGUGAUCCUUUAUUGACGUCGGAGGUCUGGAGUCUGAAAGGUGGAGUACGUGAAGGGAAGAGACCUUGGCUGGGAUCUACCGAAAAUGUAGCAGCGAUCGUAACGAAUGCGUUGCCGAAUGUUUCGUCCAUUUUCAGGGCUUCUUCGAGUUUCUCCAGCGGAUCAUCCUGAACAAUGCACAACGCAUCUAUCCAAAGCCAGCGGAAGCCGCGCGAGCGGGUCAAUAGGAUCGCUUCUUGAAAAGCCCGCGGAAAAGAUGCCCAAGGUAUACCUUGUUUGUGUGCCUUCAGCGUCUUUGACGUUGUUUGCGGGAUCCCUCUUCCAAUGCCGCGACAGUAAGAGAGUGCGAGAUAUUCACCAAACUCGUACUGUUCUUGAUCACUGUCAUAUUGCGAUUCGUGAAGCUUGAUACCCUUGGACGGCUCGUCGAUCAAGACGUCGAGGACUCGUCUGGGUAACGUUGCAGGCUUGACAUGGGGUUUGACGUGACGGCAUCUUGCAUGGUUCGUGAGACAUUCUUUGAUCAGCUCUCUCGAAGCUUUCAGUCCUGCAUCAUCGAGGAAAGUAUCUGCAAUGUGUCGACCUUGCCCGAUAGCCGAAUACGGCGAUUGUUCGUCUACAC